CAAUACAUUUUUAUUUCCGAAACACAUGACGGAAGCACAACAGUUGAAAUGUUUCGACCACACGCUCGGCUCUAAGAAAACACUUCAGCUGGUCUUUUGUGCAAAAAUGGGAAUUUCAGAUGGAAGCUCGUUAGUGCAAAUGUGUAUCGUGAAAGUUGCUCAAAACAUCGAUGUAUUAGAAAGAAAGGUUUUGAAUCUGCCUGUCUCUCUACUGAAAGACUUACUGCCACAUUUAAACAUUUACUAUCUGGACAGGAUCGAAACUGCUGCUGCCACAAAAGGAAUCUCCACCUCCGUAAUUUGGGCGACAAUAUGGAGAGAUCUGGAUCAGACGUGGCGCUGGAGAGCAAAGUCUGCAUUGCCCAAUCAGGACUGGAAGCAGCGAUGUUUGGAAAGGCUCUUUCACAUGGUCAUGUUCACCCAGGUCAGACGAGGAGGAUCGUACCUUUCCAACCUCAGCGAUUCUUCCAUUCUCUCCAUGACUGUAAAGCACGUCAGAGUCCUCUCUCUCCACACGUCAACCAAAAACAUCUGCAGGCUCGCAUCCGGGGACCUGCGCCCCAUCCUGAGCACCUUAGAAAAAGGAGUGACGUCCCUCAAAUUAUUGGAUGCGAAAGCUCUAUUCAAACAUGGACGGAAAUAUGUGUUGUUUGUUCUCCACCGGCUCCUGGACCACGGGUCUGUCAGAGAAGUGGUUUUGAGAAGAAAUCCAGAUUCAUCUUUUCUGAGCUGGCUCAUGUCCAGGCGCAGGGGUCCUCAGGGUGGGUCAUCAGUGUCCACCGCACCAGAGACGUCCCAAGCUGAUGGCCAUUGUUCAGUAGUAGAUAAUGGAGAGCUGGAGGAACCUGCAGCCAAACGUCUUGCUUUAGAUGUGGAGGAAAAUCCAGAGGUUUUGUGCAGUGAGUUUUCGUCCUUUAGCAGCUCUGCUGACCACUGCCCUGUAGGUCAGAUCCACUCGCUUGAUUUUGAAGUGUCCAAAUGUGAAAUCCUGACCACGGUGUCACAUAUCCUGCCUACAUGGUUGUGUCUUCGCACACUACAUCUUCACAGUGACUGGCUCAUUCAUGAGGAGGAGAUGUCAGUGUUGGUGGAGUCUCUCAGACGGUUGUUCCUGAACCCUGGCUGCUCUCUCACAGAUAUCAGUAUAAGUCACAUUUGCGGUCACACACACUUGAUCAGCGUGUUGAGAGCAUGUCCGACCCUACUGAGCCUUUCUCUGGAGAUCUGCCCACCUGCCAACAGAAACGCAUGGAGACAGCAGCCGCGUUUCACUGAAAACAAAGUGCUCUGCCUGGAAAAGCUGUCAGUCAAAUCCACUGGUCCAAUGACAGUCAAGUGUUUCCUGCCGGCCCUGACGUGGGCUCCUAAACUCAACAGCCUUCAUAUGACAGGAAUCCAUCUGUCACGACAAUUUUUUCACACAUUAGCAGGAUCUAAUCCAUUACUCAAGGUAUUAAAGCUGGAAGACAUAAACCUAGCUGACUAUCACCAGGAGAUUCUUCAUUUUCUGGAAUUUUCUGUGUUAGAAGAGCUGUCCUUGAAAGACUGUAGGCUGCUGGAUAAGUGUACAGUAAAGAAGGACUUCCUGGUGCCAUUUGUUGAAGCACUGAAAGGGAUCUCGUCCCUCCAGAGCCUGAUGCUGGCCCAGAAUCGACUGGCAACAAGUGCCAUAGAGAUCGCCAACUUAUUCUCAGGAUGCCAUCCCAGCAAAAUCACAAAAUUAGACCUUAGCUCUAAUUUCAUUCUUCCUGCUGAACUUCUGGAGUUUGCACAGCUGCUGGAAACAUUCAGGCCAGUUCAGCGACUAACACUGGACCUGCGCUUUAAUCCACUGGAUCGCGACCCUGAGGUCAAAGGUCAAGCUCUGCGAAAGCUCAUCCCAUACUGUAACAUAUUAACGGAUGACUGGGACUCCAGGUCCACUAUGGCCGAUCACGUCAGUGUGAUGUGACAAACUCUUUAGCUGCCUUUUGAAAGACAUUUCCAUGUGGGGAAAAAGAUCACGCAGAUGUGACUGUAAGAAACGACCAGCAUAAACAUCUUGGAUAUAUUUCACGUUUAAUUACGCUGAUAGGCCUAACCAUUAAAUUUGAUUAUAAUAAUGUUCACAGAAUAAAUAAAGUGAAAGAAACAGGAAAAGAAUUCAAUUACAGUGUACUAAUGAUUGAACGGUAGAAAGUUUCUCUUCAUUCGUUCCAGAAGCUCUCUUACUGCUGUUCCCAGUUCAGCUCUGAUAUCAGUUGCGCAGUGUUCAGCAUUUUUGAUCUGGUACGUUCAUUCAUGAUGCUCAGACGACUCCUCUCUGGUCCUCAUGUGAGCGCUGGUGAAAGACGAAAGAGACGGCAGCGUCCCAGGAUGCCUGCAGAACCGGGUCCCUCAGGCCUCUUUUUUCUGCACAGUGGUGCCAGUUGGACAGAUCGCUGGUGCAAUCUGAAUCAUCAGGUGGAGGACGCACCUGCCGAUUGUUUAUACAGCGUCUACAGCGAAAUCUGCCAAAAUAAAAAAAAAGGACUUGAAUACAAA